UUCUGACUGUGGAAUGGAAACCUUGUUAAAUGUACAUUACACAUCUUUACAAGAAUUAAUAUUAGAUGGUGAAGAACUGACUGAUAAUACAAUUUACCUGGUGGCUAAAUGUACAAAGCUCAAAACAUUACAGAUCUCCUUUUGUGAACUAUUAACAGACUUAUCAUUACAAUAUCUACAGAAUUUAGAGCAACUUAGAGUUCUCAAACUUAGAAAAGGACCAGAGUUUUCCAAAGAAGCAUUCCUGUCAUUUCUUCAAAAUCCUAAUUUAAAGCGGUUAAGAAACUUAGAUCUCUCUGAAUGUUGUAAUAUAUCUGAUAAAGUGGUUUUAGCUCUCUGUCAAAAUUGUGGACCAAAUUUAGAAUAUUUAAAUUUAUCGUGGUGUUGGCUGAUAUCAGAGACUGGUUUAAUAUCUAUAGUUGAUCAUUGCCGAAAUCUAAAAGAUUUACUAUUAAUUGGAAUAGAUAUCAAUGGUGAUUGUUUACAUCGAAUUCCAGAAGAAAUGCCAAGAUUAACAUUCUGUGAUUUUGAAAAGUGUUCUUUUAUAAAUGAUGAAGAUUUGGUUAAUUUAGUUGUAAGAAAACCAGAUAUUGUUAUAGUGAACUAUAGAGGAGAAAAGUGUACUAAUUCUUUAGAUUUCUAGAAAUAACGGUUUUAGAUGUACCUGACAAAAUGUCAGGCACUAAUGAAAUAAUACCUGACAUUUUCAACUUAGCGCCGGACAUGUAUUAAUAAUAUCAAUAAAAAAGACAAAUCUGUACUGGAUAAAAUGCCUGACAAAGCCUGAAUCUGUGCCUGACAUUGUCUGUGACAGGUGCCUUAUUUCCAUAUGAACACCUACAUUUUCCAUUCAUAGAUGGUGAUGAUGCCAUCAUUUAAAAUUCCAUCAAACUGAAUUUUCUAGUCGUAAAUGUUGAAGCUGGUCACAAUUUACUGUAUACAGCAAAGUUAGUAAUUUUUACUUUUAAAGUUCUCGUAAGAAUUUUUUCAAACUUAAUAGGAUUGUUCAGGAGGAACCCAAUCGAAAUUCAGAAAAUUAUUAUUGUAAGUUUUGAAAUCAUCUCCCAAUUUACGUUGAAAUUUAUGAAAUGUUGUGAAUGUAAGAGAUAUUAAACAGUUCUUCAUCGUACAUUUUAAAACUUCGUAAGGACAUAAAAAAAAAAUCCUAUUCAAUUUGAUUGUAAAUUUCAAAUGCAUUGGUUGAAUUGAAAUUAAGAAGAUUUUGAUUGUAAAUAACAAGAUUUUAUGGAGAUUCAGUUCACAUUUGGACACUUUAAGUUGGUGAACAUGAUACAUAAUGUGAUUAUUUAAAACUUGCUCAGUGGGAUGUAGGAUAUGUUAACAUUGAUUGACUUAACUAUUGAUGGACAUAUUGGGGGGAGGGGGGCUGAUAUGCCCUGUCUAUAUUUUUGAUUUCUAAUUAUGUGAAAAUGUUGAAGUUUAAAUAUUUUAUAUACUAUAAAACAGAAGAGAGUACUAGUAGGUUAUCAGAUAUAUAGAAGGAGAUUGUCCUUAAUAAACCCAUCUAAAUAAUAAAUAGCAAUUGUUAUUUGAUAUCAACAUAGUGAUAGUUUAUCGUAUUAUGAACAUGGUCAUAGCAUAUCGUAUUCUGUAUAAGUCUUGAACUAAAUACUAAAGCUAAAUACUAGAGAAGAAGAAUAGAUGUGAGAACCAAGGGCAGAUACAGAGAGGAGAGGGGAGGGGUGGGGGGUUCAUACACCCUCUUGCUCAGCUACAUAAAGGUAUUGUCAAUGGUCCUGUGCUUUAUCCUUUAUCAUAAGAUGGUGGUAUGGGAUGGGCAUUCAAAGUGCAAAAUAAUGAUAUAGACAUGUGUGGUAUCACAAUUAAUUCUUUGCAUCAAUGAAAUUGAAUCACCAUGUGAUCCUAUUAAUUCAUUAUGAAAAUUGACCUCAAACAGGGUGUUUGAUUUCUCUCUUUAAUAAAGCUCAGCGUGUGUAUGUAUGCCUAUAUAAUUCUGAGACGUUGGCAUCAUGCAUUAUCAACUUAACAGGACCCUGCAAAGCCCUACUGCGAAAAUACCUGGAUGCGCACCUGUGAACAUAUGUAUGUAUAAGUAUUUUGUUGUAAUUACACUCUAGUCAACAUUAUAACAUAAUAUUUUGAGACUUUUAAUUCCAUUUAAUUGUUCAAUCUACUUCACUCAUAUACUAUAAUGAUUUCACAAAUAUACUAUAGAAAGACGUACUCCCUGCUUUAAUAUAAUAUUAUAGGCAUUUAACUUACUAUUGUCUUCUGAAUUCUAAACUAAAUUGGUCAGCAUUAUGAACAUUUCUAAUCAAUGAUGCUUUUUGCAUUAUGCAAUUGUGGGAGUUAUCUUUUGCAGUGACAAAAAGGACUCAAAGGUACAACUUCAAAGAUUGUAGUUAAACCUCCAUGAUCUGUUACAAGAAUUUUUUGUUUUUGUUUUGUUUUUUUCGGUUUUGAUUGUCAUUUGUCACUGUUCUGAUGACUUGUUUUAGGAUGUUCCAAGUAUGCAUAAUUAUUUUGUUAACUUUUAUAAUGUUGCUAA